AUGGCCGAUUUGAAUACAAAGACAAAGCCUCAUGAUGACGGUGUGCCCAUGCAGGGCUCCUACACGGUGGCAGCGCGGCAUCAAAAGAAAUAUCACCAGUGUGACUGCUACGGGCACCCACAGGGACUUCCGAACUAUAAGAUCCUCGCGCAACCCCGCACGAACAACUACUACCUUGCGACAGGUGGCUGUCCUUGCAUCCCACGGGCCGUGGCUCACCCGGGCAGUUGGCGCCUCAAAGCGGCACAGCUGCGCUCGGCAACACAAACACAUGCCGUAAGCUGCACGAAAAGCCGUCCCGAUGCGACGUGUUGUGUGCAUGCAGGGGAGACAUACGGCUGGAAGCCUGGUCCGCACAGAGUCCUUGCAAAGAACACGGCUGCCUCGGGUCUUUGCGACACAUUUGGUAAUAUGGCCUUUAAGAAGCCAACUGGAGUGCGUGACAAGGACAGUGAUGUCAGCAGCGUCUGUCAGCAGAAGUUGGAGGAUUUGGAAGCCCUCAUCCUCGAUGAACAUGAGGCUCGUCGAAACGUCGAGAUGGACGUAGACGAGCUUAAAGAUAUUCAACAGAGAGGCACGCACGAGGAUUACAGGUUGGACUACUUUAAUGAAAUGAAACGGAAGGAGGCGUCGGCGGCAUCGGAAGCGCAGCUUCACGACCUUUUACGCGAGGUCCGUGCCAUCGUUAAGAGGCCUCUUAAUCAGACCAACAUGGAUAUCCUCCGCCGUGUGGUGGAUCGCCAGGAAUAUUUGAUGCAACUGCGUGCACGCAAGGCGAGUGAGGACUACCCUCAAAUUGUAUACCCGUAA